AUGACAGAAGAGAACAAGUCCUUGACAGACCAUCCGCGCAGUCCAGCAGGCAGCGACAGCUCCAUGUCCCGGCAUGGAUCUGAUUCAGAGUCCCCGACCUCUCCAGCUGGGUCCGACGCGCAGGGCGCAGCGCGCCAGCCCGGGAGUGCGCACAAACCGGAGAGCAGCGUGGAGGAUGAGCGCUUCCCCGCCUGCAUCCGCGACGCAGUGUCGCAAGUGCUGAAAGGUUACGACUGGUCGCUGGUACCGAUGCCCUCUCAAGGCGAGAGGUCGCUGAAGAGCAAACCUCACGUGAAACGGCCAAUGAACGCGUUCAUGGUUUGGGCGCAGGCAGCGCGGAAGAAGCUGGCUGACCAGUAUCCCCAUCUGCACAACGCCGAGCUCAGCAAGACGCUGGGCAAACUGUGGCGACUUCUCUCUGAAAGUGAGAAGCGUCCCUUCGUUGAGGAGGCCGAGAGGCUGAGGCUGCAGCACAGAAAAGACUACCCAGACUAUAAGUACCAGCCUCGGAGACGCAAGAGCACCAAACCAGGACAGGGGGACUGUAGACCAGGACCGGUCCAGCAGCAGCAGCAACAUCAGCAGGGCUUGUAUAAUACAGAAUCAGGGGUGACCAGGCUGGCGGGUGCAGGGGAGGCGCACCAUCAUUAUCAUGCAGACAGGACAGGUCAGUCUAAUGGACCUCCAACACCUCCCACUACCCCUAAAACAGACCCCACUGCAACCAAACAUGAGAGUCUCCAGCCUCUGGACAGCGGCACCGGCUCAGUUCCUCCCAGCAGCCGUCAGAACAUUGACUUCAGUAAUGUGGACAUCUCAGAGCUCAGCACUGACGUCAUCAGCACCAUUGACGGGUUCGACGUCCACGAGUUCGACCAGUACCUCCCUCCCAACAGCCACGGCUCCACUGUUCUAACUCCACCAGACACCAGCCACGGACAUAACAACCCUUCCGGAUCCUUCGUCCUGCCCAGCAUCCACUCUCACUCCCACAGCAUCCCCCCUUGGACAGCCAAAUGUGCGACGUCCACUGGAACGCCGACAUCCGCUUCCAGUCGUGACGUGCACAUGCUCCAAGAGGACACCAGCCAGAAACCUCAAAUUAAAACUGAGCAGAUGAGCCCAGGCCACUACAGCAGCUCCUGCACCUCCACUCCUCCUCCGCCACAACCUGAGUACACCUCCCUCGGGUCGGGCAUCUGCCCUUCCUCCAUUUCCUCCUCAUCCUCCACCAACCUGUCUGACUACACUGACCUUCAAAGCCCCAGUUUCUACAGCGCCUUCUCUGGGUACUCUGCCCAUCUGUAUCAGUACCCGUACUUUCACUCCUCUCGCAGGCCUUAUGCCACACCGCUUAUCAACAGCCUGGCUUUGGCGCCACCUCCGCACAGUCCUCCCUCUGGCUGGGAGCAGCCUAUCUACACAACACUCAGCAGGCCUUGA